AGAGUCCAUCUCCCUGAAAAACAAAACAAGCAACCAUGAUCAGCUCCAAGAAGCUAGCUCAACUUUCCAAGAAAUGGCAGGGAGUGGGUGGCAUCGGGCGAAGGAUAACAGUAGUGGACAAGGAGCUCCGCCCGUCCACCAGCACAGUAGCAGGCAAGGGCCACUUUGUUGUCUACUCUUCUGAUGGCAGGCGGUUCGAGGUCCCCUUGGCGUGCCUACGCACAACAAUCUUCCAGGAACUCCUGAGGAUGUCUUGGGAGGAGUUUGGGUUAACAAGUGCCAGCAGGAUAACCGUGCCUUGUGAUACAGCAGUGAUGGAGUAUGUGAUAUGUUUGCUUAGGAGAGAGGCCUCAGAAGAUGUUGAGAGGGCACUCCUCAGUUCCAUAGUGAUGAAUUGCCACCACUCGAACAGAAUGAUGCAACCACCCAGCGGAGUCAGCCAGCAAUUUUCAGUGUGCAGCUCCUGAUGAGUGAAGAUCAAAAGCUCCUUCUUUCUUUUUUCGCCUUCCAUCUUUUUUCCUGACUGUACUUUUGGAGCACAUUUUUGUGCAACGUUUUUCCAAGGGUACUGUGGAUGCACAGGUGGAUGCCUGUACUAAUCACAUCGUGAUUACAAAAGAAGGAAUCGAGCUUUCUAUUGAAGCAAUUAACUUUGCUAUA